AUGGCCAGGUCUGCUCUGCCUGGUGACGUUCGGUGCUGGCCUAGGGCUUCAUUCCCUUUCCUUCACACCCUUUGCUCUAACAAGUUUUCGACUCAUGAGGGAUAAGUGAUACAGAGCAACCAAGCGGAAGGAUUAAAGAGUGCUGCAAAGAAGAUCAAGCAACCUUCUGCUCUGCAAGUUACUAGCAAUGGAGCAGAUGAAAGGGUCGGCCAUGCUUCUGUUGGAGCUGCUAAUCCUUGGGGGCCUGAGAGCAGAGAAGGGCUCUGCUGUCCUGGGCACCCUGGAUCUACAAAUAGAUGAGGAGCAGCCAGCAGGCACCAUCAUUGGGGACAUCAGUGCUGGCCUGCCCCCUGGCACCAGUGCCUACAUGUACUUCAUAUCAGCGCAGGAGGGCAGUGGCGUUGCCACUGACUUGUGGAUAGAUGAGAACAGGGGCAUCAUCAAAACAGCCCGCGUCCUUGACCGAGAGACCCGGGACCGUUACAGCUUCAUAGCUGUUACCCCCGAGGGCAUCACAGUGGAAGUGAAUAUCCAAGUUAAUGACAUCAACGACCACGCUCCAGCCUUUCCCAAGCAACACAGCACUUUCCAGAUCCCAGAGCACACACCUGUUGGCAGCAGAUUUCCCUUGGACCCAGCCUUUGAUGCUGACAGUGGCCUGCUCAAUACCCAAGGCUACGUGAUCAAGGGUGACAAUGUGGGGCAGGCCUUCCGUCUGGAAACACGGCGAGGACCCAAUGGGGUCCUGUAUUUGGACCUGGUGGUCAGCAACGUCUUGGAUCGGGAGAACCGUUCGUCGUACUCCCUGGUGCUGGAAGCCUACGAUGGGGGCUCUCCUCCCAGGAGCAGCCAAAUGACGUUGGAUGUGUCCGUGCAGGACAUCAACGACAACGCUCCCACCUUCAACCAGAGCCGCUAUCAUACUCUCAUAUCAGAGAAUUUGAAACCUGGCAGUAGCAUCCUGCAGGUCUUCGCAUCCGACGCGGAUGAAGGAGACAACGGUGAUGUGAUUUAUGAGAUCAACCGGCGACAGAGUGAUCCUGACCAGUACUUCACCAUCGACUCCCGAACUGGAGUCAUCAAACUCAACAAGGGUCUGGACUACGAAGUCAGGAAGGUGCACGAGCUGGUGGUGCAGGCACGGGACAGGGCUGUCCACCCUGAGGUCACCACAGCCUUUGUCACUAUCCACGUGCGCGACUACAAUGACAACCAGCCCACCAUGACCAUCAUCUUUCUGAGCGAAGAUGGCUCCCCUCAGAUCUCUGAGGGAGCCCAGCCCGGUCAGUAUGUGGCACGCAUCUCUGUUUCUGACCCAGAUUAUGGAGAGUACUCCAAUGUCAAUGUCACCCUGGAGGGGGGGGGAUGGCAAGUUUGCCCUCACUACGAAGGACAACAUCAUCUACCUUAUCUGUGUGGACCAGCUUCUGGAUCGGGAGGAAAGAGACUCCUAUGAUUUGCGAGUGACAGCGACUGAUUCGGGAACACCUCCGCUCCGAGCAGAAUCAACCUUUGUGCUGCAGGUGAUAGAUAUCAAUGACAACCCUCCACUCUUUGACCAGCAGGAGUACAAACAGAGCAUCCCUGAGGUUGUGUACCCAGGCAGCUUUGUCCUGCAAGUGACCGCUCGAGACAAAGACCAGGGUCCCAACGGGGAGGUGCAGUACAGCAUCGUGCACAGCCAAGACACCCAUUCCAGCUGGUUUGCCAUUGACCCUGCCACAGGUAUCAUCACCACUGCUGCCCCACUGGAUUACGAGAAGGAUCCUCAGCCUCAGCUGACAGUGCUGGCCACAGACAGGGGAACCCCUGCCCUCUCUUCUUCAGCUGUGGUGCUUGUGGCCCUGCAGGACGUCAAUGACAACGAGCCGGUGUUCAGGAGUAAUUUCUACAACGUGUCCCUGAAGGAGAACACCCCGGUCGGUACCUGCUUCCUACAGGUAGGUACAGCUGUCAGGAGCUGAGCUUGAGGAGGGCACAGACAGGGCCGUGAGAGGUUGGAGAU